ACCCUAACGCAAGUUGGGGAUUCUUGGUCGAACCAUUUUCAGUGGAAUUUGCAGACUUACGUGCGGAUAUUUUGGGGCCAGUGCGGAAAUAAAAGGUGACAGAGGGCAAUUGGAGCACUGGGGACAUAGCAACAACAAAAUACCGGCGCCCCAUCGAUCGUAUUACUCAUCCGAAAGGCGAAAACCAUCGAUUUCCAGCUCACACAAGGGCAAACAAAAGUGCAAAAGCAGCCCCUCUCACCCCCCACGCACACACACACUCGUUCACACGUAGUUGCGCCCACACACACAGACAUCACGAUGACUGCGCCGCGACGCCUGCGAAAAGAAUUGAGCGAUUUGCAGGAGAACACACUAAAGGCCUUCCGGGACAUCAAGGCGGAUGACGACAACCUGCUACGCUGGACGGGAUUGAUUGUGCCGGACAAUCCUCCCUACAACAAGGGCGCUUUCCGCAUCGAGAUCAACUUCCCGGCGGAGUACCCUUUCAAGCCGCCGAAGAUCAACUUCAAGACGCGGAUCUACCAUCCGAACAUCGAUGAGAAGGGUCAGGUAUGCCUGCCCAUCAUCAGCACGGAGAACUGGAAGCCGGCCACACGCACCGACCAGGUGGUCCAGGCCCUGGUGGACCUAAUCAACGACCCUGAGCCGGAGCAUCCGCUGCGGGCGGAACUGGCCGAGGAGUUCCUCAAGGAUCGCAAGAAGUUCGUAAAGAAUGCCGAGGAUUACACCAAGAAGCACAGCGAAAAGCGUCCGGCGGACUAGCGGAUUGGCGGAGAGGAAGGAGGAGCAGGUGGCCCCAACCACGACCCAUGUACACCCGCGCCCCCUUAGUCUUGUGAUUUUCAGUUAGUUAUUUAAUUUCAAUUUUCGAUCCCCAACAACAAAAAAACUACCCUCAGAAAACAUGUAAGCUGAUUCCCCCGGCAGAGUACCUAGUUUUGUAAAAGUAGCACUGUAAUUUUAUGCAAGUGAGAAAUACAUGUUCGUUAUGUUAAAAGACA